UAUAAGACCAAUUUAUCCUCUAGAUGCACACUGACACUAUCCACAGGACCCCAACAGCAGAGAAGAUGCUUUUCCUCGGUCUCUUCGUGAUGGCCCUGGUUCCAUACCCAGGACAAAGUGCAGAGUACAACUGCUCCUCCGUGUACAACCGGGUCCCAGACAGCAGCGACCUGCGGGUGGACUGCGGGGCCAACACCAUCACGCUGGAGGUGAACCUGUGCACCGCGCAGUGGGCCGGGUUCGAGUUCGGCAGCCUGGCGCUGAACAGCCAGCACAACAACAGCCUCUGCAAGGGCGUCAACGACACCAGCGUGAACCCGCCCGUCAUCCGCUACCAGCUGCCCGUCAACCACAGCCUGGACAACCCGUGCCGCCAGUCCCUGCAGAUCGUCGACGAGCAGCCCGGGCCCGGUGUCUUCAGCUCCUUCUCCAGGAUCCAGUCGGUCAUCAUCACCAGCUUCAUAGACACGCCCCAGUCCACCGCGGGCCUGAUCAGCUACUCCACCGACCUGUACUACCACUUCUCCUGCAAGUACCCGCUGGAGUACUUCAUCAACAACACCGAGAUCACCUCGUCUUCAGUCUCGGUAGCCACCACUGAUAGCAACGGCACCUUCAUCAACACUCUCAGCAUGAGUGUGUACAACGACACUGAUUACGGGUACCCGCUCGUGGUCCCAGAGACGGGGCUUGAGUUGCGCACCAAGGUGUACGUGGAGGUCAAGGCCACAAACCUGACGGGAAAUUUCCAUGUGCUGCUGGACCACUGCUUCUCCACCCCCACCCCUUUCAACGUGUCAGCCACCGAAAAACACGACUUCUUCAUCGGGUGCAUUGUGGAUCCCAUGACGCAGAUCGAGCAGAACGGCGUGGGAAAGCGGUCGCGCUUCCACUUCGAGGCCUUCCGCUUCGUGCAGCAUCGGAACCUGGACAAGUCCACCGUCUACCUGCACUGCAUCCUGCGUCUCUGCGAGCCCAGCAACUGCCAGGCGCUGCUGAAAGACUGCACCUACAGAAGGAAGAGGAGAGCCGCGGACCCCUUUGGGUCAGAAUCGAAAGAUUCAGCCACAGUUUCAGCAGGACCCAUCACCGUCAAGGACUACGAUGCUGUUGACAAGCCCAUAGCCUCUGCAUAUGGUGGCGCAGACAAGCCUGCAGGGAGCCAGACCAACGUGACCAGCCUGGUGGUGGGGCUGAUCUUCGCCUGCGCAGGCGCCGCCCUGCUGGUCCUGGGCGGUUGGUUCGCCCUGAAGAAGUUUUACUUUGCCAGAGGGCUGCCCCACUCCUACAACUGAAGACCGGCUCCCCGAGCUGUCCAGCCUUCCCCUCUGCCGUUCCCUCGGAAGAGCGGGGAGGGACAGCCAUCUUUACACCCCGGCACAUUCACACAUUCACAGCGCUUUCGCAUCUUCUUCCACUCGCCUCUUCCUCUGAAAGCCAUAUGUAUGCAGGGUGGACUAUCUCCCUUUCAUAUACCGAUCUGUCCCAGCCUCCUUCCUGUUUAUUACCAGACUAGCUUAUGACUAUAGACAAAGACAUAUAUGCAUAGAAAAGAGUUGAAAAGUUGAAGUUUUAAAAUGGAAAAAGAAAAGGCAGUGAGACAUAUUCAGACGAAGACUGCAUAUAUUGCACAUUGAGGUUUACCGUAUUUCACAAUAAAGUAAAAUAAGACCCAGUUCCAUGGUACAUUCUUCUUAACACAGGGAUACAUAAUCAUGCAAAUAAGGGGUUUAGGGUCCUAUUCAACACCUCUGAACAUGCAUUCUACACAGAUAAACAUGCUGUGAUCCAGAAUAUGUUUAGACUACUUAUGUUCAAAUGUUUUGGCAAAUUA